AUGGCGGAAGAGGACCGAGUUGAUACCUUCGAGGAAGUCAACCCACCGGUUCCAACUCAUUCCCAACCGCCCCCGACGCACGCUCCGCCGCCUCCGACUACUGCAGGCAUACUUCCGGCAUAUUCAGGCGCCCCUCCGACGCAUCUCCCGCCCCCGACGUCUUCAGGGGCGCCCCUUCCACCAGUCUCACUGACAUCAUCCGCCUCCGAUGACCAAGCCCGCAUCACGGCACUCGAGGGCACGGUUAAUCAAUUGGCCGCCAGCAUGGCCGCUAACAUGGCGGAACUGUUCACCCUACUUAGAGGGCCGAAUCGCGCAUCCUCGAGCUCCACACCUCCGCCGAGACAAGGGCCGACAGUCGAUCCAACCCCUUGGGUUCCGCCAACUCAAGCCCCGGAGAACAUGGAUGCGCCCGCGCCACCAACACUGCAUACGUCCAUGGCUCACCCCUUCACCAGUCCAUUUUCGCCGCCACCGGCCCCCACGGUCGUCCCUCUUCCACCGGUGGCGUUCCUCACUUUGGAUCACGUCCUAUCCGCGCCGCCACCUGUUUCCAUGCCGGCCCCAGCUGCAGCCUAUACAUUCCCUCCGUCGAUGGUUUUUCCGGCACCAAGCGCACCUGCUUUGACUCACCCUCAAGUCGCGGAUCUUCCCUCCUAUCCGCCUCUACAACCUCACAUCAACUUCUCCUACCAAGCACCACCCCCCUAUAAACACCACAUUCCUCAAACCAGGCACACCGACUCACACGGCCCAGGUCGCCUCACCAACGCACUUCUUCCCCGAGGCCGACGCCGAGCAGGAACUUAG